AUGCCCGACUUACUUCACACCUCGAACUGGAUCAAUGGCGCGCAUACGCCUCCAAGUGCCGAAAGAAUCCAUAUAGUCAAUCCAGCGACCGAGGCGACGAUCGGCACCGUAGACACCACGUCGCGCGAAGCUGUCGACACCAUUAUUUCCGACUCUUUGCUCAUAUUCCGCCACGGCAAGUGGUCCCGUUCAGACGCUUCAGAGCGAUAUUCCGUGCUCUUCAAGGCUGCGGUCCUCCUACGCUCGCGAAUCCCGGAGUUCGUGGAGCUGGAAACGUCCGAUUUAUCUUAUAACGAAGUCUUCGGUCCCGUCAUUACGCUCAUCAAGUGUGAGUCGGAGGAUGAAGUGAUACGCAUCGCCAAUAACAGUCCCUUUACACUGGGCGCUUCGGUCUGGACGAACGACUUCGCACAGGCACACCGGAUGGCGGAGAAGAUUGAUGCAGAUAUUGUCUGGAUCAACAGGCAUCACUUGAACGACCUCUCGUCGCCCUGGGGAGGGUUUAAGGAGAGUGGAAUGGGGAAGGAGAACGGUAUCGAAGCCUACGAGAGUUAUACGAAGGUCAAGAGCACCGUGAUCAAUUAUGGCGUGCCUCCGGCGUGGUUCGACGACGAGAUCGAAAAUGCAAGGUACGGGUGA